CCUUCUUCGUGCAGAAGGCGGCGGGACAGCGGUGAGACAACAACAGCUGCACAGCAACUCAGCCACCAGGCCAUCUUUAGGAGGCUGCAGCGCAUCGUGGGGGAGAGCACUUGACUUGGAGUCUGAGUUUGCGUUUCAGCUUGCCCACUGGCCUGCUGAAGAACCCCGAGCAAACCCUUGUGUAGUAUUCAGUUUCGACACGGUCAAUUGGAACCUUCUUGGGAGUCAGGGUGGGAGCCAGUUCUUGGAGGAGACUCGGUGCAGGACAUGGAUCGCUGCGGGGCCCUUGUCCUCUGCCUGUGCCUCUUGAUGUCUCAGAGCAGAACAGAGGAGGCAUCCCAAGAAAUCCUGCGCUGGAUGGAGAGAAUGGAGGUGGCAGCCAGGAGCCGGAGCCUCACUUCUUUUGCUGAGCUCAUCCACGGCCUAGAGUCGAGGCUACUCAAUGCCAGCUUUGGGGGCCACAACCUCACCUUGCGGACGCACACCAUCCAGACACUAGCCUUCAAGCUGGGCUGCAACUUCACUGGUCUCUCAGUGAGAAGUGCUGCUCUGGAGCAGGUCCCCCAGGCCCAGGUCCCACUCGCCAUGCAGUUCCCAGCUGAGCUGACCUGGGAUGCCUGCAGGGUGCGCUCCAGGGAGCUGAGUCUCAUCUGCAUCUACUUCUCCAACACCCGCUUUUUCCAGAAAGACAUCAAUUCAUCUGUGCUCAAUAACUAUGUUCUGGGUGCCCAGCUGAGCCAUGGACAAGUGAGCAACCUCAGUGAGCCGGUGAACAUCAGCUUCUGGCACAACCAAAGCCUGGAAGGCUACACAGUGACCUGUGUCUUCUGGAAGGAGGGAGCCAGCAAGCACCACUGGGGGGCCUGGAGCACUGAGGGCUGCCGCACAGAGCAGCCCUCACCUUCCCAGGUGCUCUGCCGCUGCAACCACCUCACCUACUUUGCUGUUCUCAUGCAACUCUCCCCGGCCCCGGUCCCUGCAGAGCUGCUGGCGCCUCUCACAUACAUCUCCCUGGUGGGCUGCAGCAUCUCCAUUGUGGCCUCGCUGCUCACGGUCCUGCUGCACCUCCAUGACAGGAAGCAGAGUGAUUCCAUUACAUGCAUCCACAUGAACCUGCACGCCUCGGUGCUGCUCCUCAAUGUCGCCUUCCUGCUGAGCCCUGUGCUGGCCAUGCCCCCCGUGCCUGGGUCAGCCUGCGUGGCACUGGCUGCCACCCUGCACUACGCGCUGCUCAGCUGCCUCGCCUGGAUGGCCAUUGAAGGCUUCAACCUCUACCUCCUACUUGGGCGCGUCUACAACAUCUACAUCCGCCGAUACGUGCUCAAGCUUUGUACCGUGGGCUGGGGGGUCCCGGCCUUCCUGGUGCUGCUCCUUCUCGCCGUCAAGAGCUCAGUUUACGGACCCCACAGGAUCCCGCUCUCCGACAGCCAGGGGAAUAGCACGGGCUUCCAGAGCACGUACAUAUGCUGGGUACGGAACCCCUGGGUGCAUGGUGUCCUGGUCAUGGGCUCUGGUGGCCUCACAUCCCUUUUCAACCUGGUGGUGCUGGCCUGGGCGCUACGGGUCCUGCACAGACUGCGGGCGCGGGAGAAGGCGCUGGGCCCGCGGGCCUGCUGGGAUACCGUCACCGUGCUGGGCCUCACCGUGCUGCUGGGCACCACCUGGAUCUUGGCCUUCUUCUCCUUUGGUGUCUUCCUGCUGCCCCAGCUCUUCCUCUUCUCCACCUUCAAUUCGCUCUACGGUUUCUUCCUCUUCCUGUGGUUCUGCUCCCAGAGGCGCCGCUCAGAGGCAGAGAUGGAGGCAUUCAGCUCCUCCCAGAUGAUGCAAUAGUCUGGACUGUCUGGACCUCCUGGCCUGGAGCCCCCAGCUUCUCUGGCUGCCUGUAGCCGGAGGCCCUGGCUUCCCCUCGAGAAGAUGGCAGGCCAGCUGCUGGACACCAGAGGCCACUGUCACCUCCAAGGGGCCUUUUCCAUCUCCAUGCCUUCCCCAGGCCCAGAGGGCAGCGUGUUGCUCUCCGUCCCCAGGCAUUCUGCUCUGGGCGGGUCCAGCCCCACCUGGGGGCAGCAUACUUGCCCCUGGUGCCUGGGCCCAGCUGGCCAGGCCUAUGGCCAGAGCACUGGCCUGGGAGUCAGGAGGCCACGUUUCAAUGCCUGUCUCUGAGUCUCACUGUCUGACCUUGGGCCUGUCAUUUCUCACUGACCCUUGGUUUCCACAUCUGUGACAUGGCGGCAGAUGGCUCUGCUCCUGCCUAAUCCCAGAGCUUUAUGCAGAUUCCACCAGGGAGGAAGAGGUCAUAGUGGGUUGGGGAUCCCCACCCUGGCCUGGGCCUGCCCUGAAAACACCUGCUGGGCCCUGCUUCCUUCUUCCGGGAGAGGGUCAGCCCUGGCUGGGGGUCCCCAACCCAGUGCCUAGAGACCCACCCAGUGUGUGAGACCUCACCAGCCUGUACCUGAGGCCUCUUUUCCUUUAACCCCCAAAUUAUGAUGACUCUGACUCCAAGUCCGCCCUUCCCAAAGAUCAGGAAGUCCAGUCCUUUCCAGAGGCUCCUCUUCCAGUGUUCCCCAGACCCCCAUAGGCCAUUAAGACCAGCAGCUGGGGCCACAGGGCUUCCUGGAGGUGGGAGGGGAGCGCCUCUUUCCCCUCCAUCUGAGCUCCAGUGACCCGGCUAUUUGAUGACUGGGCAGGAUUGAAUUUCACCUGGUAGGCGUGAGGGUGUGGGUUCUAAAUCCCAAGCUUGUUUGUCUGUUCUCUUGGA